AUGACGCGGAAGUCGAAGAAGGCGGCAAAGGACGAUGUGACACGGGUGCGCCGCAAGGCGAUCCCAUGGGAAUCCGACGGCGUGUCACCGGGCUCUCCUUCGUCUUUUGAUGUUCUCAUGAUGUGGCUCGGGACACCCGGCAACGCCGAACGUUGGCGUCGCGAGAAGCGCAAGGACCUAGUUAAAGAGAUCAUUCAAAUGCUGGCGGCCAAUGGCAUCCUGCACCGGGCGGUGGGAGACGUGCACUCCAAAAUAUGGUACAUGGAGACCCAGUUUACAUCUGCGAAUGCAUUCUUAACCCGAAAGGGCCAGCUAGACGCGUUCCAACGGGGGGAAGCGGGCCCUGACAUUGCCAACGAAGUGCUCAAGCUCUGCCCGCACUAUCAAGACAUGGCGCCGUUUUUUGGAAAACUUAAAGCGGGCAAAAAGGUGCAAGUAACGCCGAAGAUUGCUUCUAAUGGGGCAGCUGCUGUUAAUGGGGCGAAGACUGUGAGUGAUACAGUUUCUGCAGGCGGCAGCGUGAGUGCUGCAGGGGAGUGGAAAAGGAGUUUGGAGAAGGACCGCCGCGAUACUGUGACUGAUAAAUCUCAUUCUAGCGACCGAGGAGAGAAGGUGGUGAACGUAUCCAACGGAGCCAAUGGAGAUGAAACGAGUAAACAGCAGCAACAGAAGAAGGAGAAGUUGACGGCAAAGAAAAAGGAGAUUGGCGGUGACACGACUGGUACGAAGAAGGCAAAUGGAGUCGAUGCUGUCACUAGAAAGAAUAUUAAUGACGUAGCGGGAAACAAGAAGAAGAGUAGCGCCGAUGGGAAGAAUGGUGCGGCCGAAGCGGGCUCGAAUGAAGCUGAGAAGGAUAUAUUUAGUGGUGCUGACGAACAGAAGAUUGACGAUGAUGUGAAGCAAGCACGUAACGAUGCAGUUGCGAAGGAUGAGGGGGAGGGCGCUCUUGCAGAUGUCGAAGAUGGCCAGAGCGACAUUGGUGAGGACGAUCAGAACGACGGCGAUGAGGACACAGAUACAUUUUCAGAGCAAGGAGAGGCUCAAGCUGACGACGACAGCGAAAGUCAAAGCUCUGACGAAGCAGAAAAACCUCGCGCGCGCAUUACUGUGAGAAAUGGAGUACGAAGUCCGUUUAAGACAAAGCCUCAGCAGAUCGAAUCGGAAAGCAGUAGCUCCGAGGAAGAAGAUGACGAAUACGAAAAGAACGACGUUGAGAGCGGCCACGAAGAGGGCGAUGGCGAAGAGCAAAUUCCGUUAGCUCAAACGGACGAGGUUGAUCCUUCACCUGUAGCUGAAGAGGGCGAUGAAGUGGAGCAAGACGGCGAAGAGAAGGAACACAGUGAGGUCGACGAAGCGGAUCAGAGCAAAGCGGAAGAGUUAGAAGAUACUGAGGAGGAGGAGGAGGUUGAGGAAGACCCGACUGAAGACAGAUCAAACACCACGGCAGCGGACUCGACUAACAAUUCGGACAGCAGCUCUUCUAGCGAGAGUGAAGAUGCUGAAUCGGAGGAAGAAACGCCACCUACUCAGGUGAAGAUUAACUCGGAUGCGGAAGUAGAGUCCGGAGAAGACGAGUCCAAAGCAGAGGACAAUGAAGACGAUGUCGAGAUGCUGAAAGACUUUGACAAGCGCGACUCAGACGCCCACGCGCCUGUGGCGGAGGUUGAGCCUGCCGUGGUGUCUUCUGAGCGGAAACGCAGCGUUUCCAGUGAGGUGCCCCCCUCUCCGAGGCCUAACAAGCGUCCCAGAGCAGAUAAGGAUUCCGUCCACAUUACCAGAGACCUCGAGCGCGCAGCUUUCGUCGAACGAGCAAAGCAAGAACAAGACCAGCGCGACGAGCUGUUCAAACUUGAGCGCGCCAAGCUCGAGUGCGAGCUACAGGCAAAGCAAGUGCAGCUCACGAUGGAGCGAUCUCUCGCCCGCAAGAAGCUUCUCGGCGCAGUGAGCUACAUGUCGCCCAAGCCUAAGCAGGCCCGCAAGACGCCCCAGAGCGCGCUGUCGGACAACGCGCGGCCGGGCGGGCCGACUACUAUGGACAUACUGAUGCGCUGGCUUACUACGCCCGGUAACGUGAAGCGCUGGCGUUUGGAGCCGCGUGCGCCGCUCGCGCGUGAGGUGGUGGAGAUUAUGCAGGACGAGGGGCUGGCCCACCGCCAGGCGCCAUUCGUCCGGUACAAACUGGUCGCUAUGGAGAAGCAAUACAUCACCGCCCAGAAGUGGCUGCUAGAGACAGGCAUGCACGACGCCUUCUUGCGAGGAAAGGCUUCGAAAGAAGUCCGUGCCCAUGUUAAUUACUUGUGUCCGCAGUAUAAGAAGCUGGAACCGGCCUUCAGAGGCGCUCCAUUCAGUACGAAACACUCGGAGACAAUUGAACUCGACGAUGAAAGUGCCGAGGACGUGGAAGCAGAGGAGAAGCAGGAAGAGGCGAGUGACGAUGAUCAUCUGGAUGGAGAGAAGUCCGCGGCUCACCUCACCGAGAAUCGGGACACGUUUAGAGACCUGCUUUUUGCUCGGAAGAAUAGUGAAGCGGGGAAGGAAAAGGCUUCAAUGUCGGCGGAUGAUCGACAGACGAAGGCUCGGGCGUUCAGAGAUCGACUUCUUGCUGACAAGGGUGCCGUUAAUGAGAAGGAGAAGAGCACGACUGCGGCUCCACUGAAAAAACACAGCAGACUAGCAAAACAGCUUGAACCUUCACCUGGUUACGCCGCAGCAAGAAAAAGCUUGACGACUCCGGAACGGGAGGAGAAGACUAAUGCAAUCGAAGAGCAAGUCCCGACUACGACUGCUGAUAACGUUGCUCAGAAAGAGAAGACCGUGCUGCCGAAGAAAACCAAGAGCUUAUCUAAAGUGAGCGUUCUGUCGUCAGCUAUGCAGGUUGCGAUGGAGCUAGCUGCCCCGGAGGUGGCGAAAAAAACAUCUGCUUCUGGUAAGAAGCGCAAGGGUCGAACACCGAAAAAUACAGCCGAUGCAACGAAUGGCACAAAGGAGAGUGCAAACGGCGAGAAGGAGGUUGCACCAAAGACGGGAGCUGCCAAACGGAAGAGCUCGGUAGAGGAUGUGACUGCAAAUAAGCGCAACCGGACACAAGAGCAGGUGGAGACGGACGCCAAGGACAUGAAGGAGAUAGAGCGUGAAGCUCUGCUAGAACGAGUUAACGAUGAGCGCAAGAUGCUGCUGAAGCGUGCCAAAGAUGAAGAAAAACAGCGCCGUGAUGUGUUUGAGCUGGAGCGCGUCAAGCUGGAAUACGAGGUAGAGUCGAAACGGGUCCAGCUGUUGUUUGAAAAGGCUGCGGCGCGGAAGAAGCUGGACCAGCUUGGGGUUUCUCAGGAAGAGAUUGACAACAUCCUGCCGCUAUGA